AUGUAUGUUGACGAAUGUUCAUGGGGUAUAAAAUGCCGAAAAUGGGCUUGUACAAAAAUUCAUCCAGUCGAUCGAACUCGACUUUGCCCGAAUGAAGACCAUUGUAACAAUCAUGCAUGCAAGUACUUGCAUCCCCGUGAACAUGCUGAAACAAAAGAAGUAAUUGAGUUAAGUGUUGCCCAGCAGAAUUUUCUCGAAUUUUUUGGCAAUAAAAUCUUGAAUACAAUUCGUAAAGAACAAGGUAUUAAUGAUGUAAAAGUUAAAGAUGGUAAACUUCAACUGUCAGGAAAUAGCUCCACCAUUACAAACAUAAAAUCUUAUCUACAACAAACGCUUCAUGAACAGAAUGUGACAAUCACAAAUAACUUAAAGAAAUAUUUACAACUCUCAGCCAAAGGACGUUUAAUGAAGAGAUUUUUAGAAAAAUAUUCCAUAGGAAUUUCUUAUUUUGAAACGUCAACAAACGCUUCUUUGACUGCCAACGAUAUGAUUACAAAAAAAGACCUUGUUUAUGUCCGUGGCGAAGAUGAACGAGAACAGCAAUACGAUAGCGAUCGCAAUGUGAAUCAGUCCGAAGACGAACAAGAAGAAGAAGAAGAAGAUGAUGAUGAUGAUAGCAAGAGUGAUAUUUCGAAUACAUCAUCAAAUGUCACAACUCGUUCUGGUAAUUUUAAGCGUCAUCGUAAUUUUGCUGAAAAAUUUGUACAAGUAACACUAUGUAAUGACUCGGAAGAUUUAUUGUCUAAAGCCAUAAAAGAAUUACAAAGUUAUAGUUUGUACACUCAAUCAUGGGCAUUAACACAAGAUGAAAUUACAUACAUUUUAAAACAACCACAACAAGGUAAACCUUCACAUAAGAAUACUAAACUUCGUGAUCAAAGUUUUCAUAUUAAAUAUUAUCUCAUUGGUCUCGUUCUAUCCACCCCGAAUUCUCUAGUACAGAUCAUUGUAGAUUAUAAAAAUGGUAUAUGGCGUGUAAAAUUAAGAGGAUUCAAGGAUCACGUAAACAAUGCUGUAUCCAGAAUAAAAAACUCUUUGAACGAUACUGUUGAAACUGAAGUACAACUUCCUAUUUCAAAAACCAUGGCAAUUUUUCUCAGAAUAAAAGCUUCAUCUGAUAUAAAAAAGCUAGAAAAAACUCAUUGUAUCAAGAUAAAAGUCAUUUCGACAUCUGGUCAAGAACAUGUGAAUGACGAAGAAAAUGAUGAUAAUAAUUGUUUAAAACUUAGUGGUUCUAAAUCACACAUCGAGUCGGCACAAGUACAAGUCGAAAAUUUUCUCGACAGCUUAUCUGAACAAGAAAAACAUUUUCCUUGUAAUAGUUGGGAUAUUUCAAAGAAUAUUGCUCAGAUUAUUCGUACACGUCUGAAAAAGUUGCAAGAUUCACAUGAUUGUGAAGCAAUAGGAUGGAUGAAAUUCUAUACACCGACUGAAAAAAGAGACACCACACCAAAAGUUACUAUAUCAAUAGUUGGUUUGAAUGAAGAAGCAGUUGAUGACGUUGCUGAACAAUGCGAAGAUAUUGUGGAGGGAUAUGUUAUCUGGAAACCGUCCGCAGAUGAGUAUCGUGCGAUAGUUAAUGCGUUACUAGUGAAAAAGAAACCAUCUAUCGAUGAAUUUCGACAACAGUGGGAAAUUAAUAUACGAUUAGAUAAAGACACGAACACUAUCAUUAUUCCUGCACGAUCGAAAAUCAUCGCAAAUGACAUCAAAGAAGCUCUACUAGGUUUGAGAGAAGAGAGCAAACCUAGGGUGAAUCGUAUAUCUGAAUUCAUUCCUAUUCAACGAAAUAUUCGUCGUUUUGUUAAUCAAACUAUUGGUUCCUUGCUUGACGACGCAAAAAUUCAAAAAAUUUUUGUAGAAUCUAAAAAUUCUAAUGGAUUAACACUACAUGGUCCUUCUGAUAUUGUCACGGAACUUAAACAAAAGAUCAAUAGUAUUAUCAAUGAAAUUAAAAAAAGUAUUACUAUACGCCAUUUACAAUUAUCAUCGACCGAGUCGGACUUGAUGCGAGCAAAUUCUUAUAAACUAGCAAAGAGUAUUGAACGGGAGACGAAUACUCUUAUUCGAGAUGUUGCGGCAGAUAAGACUGAUUCCACAUUAAAGACCAAUGAUAAUGAUACUAACUCGACUCUAACUGUUGUUGCAAACAGUCGUGGUCAAACCAUUGUUGUAGAGAAAGGUGAUAUCACAAAGGCAAAACACGUCGAUGCAAUUGUGAAUGCAGCAAAUGGAACAUUGUAUCAUGCUGGUGGUGUUGAUAAAGUGAUUGCUGAUGCUGCUGGUCUUGCAUUUGAUGAAGAAUGUAAACGAUUAAUUGCUAAGAAUGGAGGUUUACCUAUUCCUGCAGGUAAAGCAGUCAAGACAACAGCUGGCAAUCUUCCUUUCAAAUGUGUUAUUCAUGCGAUUGGUCCUCAAUACACAGAUGGUGAUCAACAAGAACGUCCAUUAUUAUUCUCUAGUAUCUUGUCAAGUUUGCGACUGGCUGAAGAUGAAGGUUAUACAAGUGUUGCUUUACCAGCCAUUAGUUCUAAAACUUACGGUUUUCCACUGGCAGAUUGUACAAAUAUUGUGGUUCGAGCAGUAAAGCAAUUCUUUGCUGAUUAUCCACAAUCAAAUGUGAAAAAAACUAUUCUAUUAGACAUAGAUGAUGCAGUUUGUAAUUCAUUUGCACGUGAAGUUGUUAUCGAUCAUAGAAAUGCACUUGUAGACGAUGAUGAUAUUAUCAACUACAAUCUGUCUCCAUUGACGGCUAAAUGGUGUUGGCAAGAUGAUAAUGGCGAAAAGAUCUAUGAUGAAAACCAUACACGUCAAAUCGAGACCAUGUUUCAACGUUAUUUGAAAACUUCCACCAAGUCGACACUAAUAAUUCUUGCUGACAAUUUAAAAAGUGGCAUAAUUGUUAACUACAGUAUCCAUUUUCUUCCUAAUUUGAAGCAAUUGUUGACAAGCAACCCAAGUGCGCUAAAUGAUCGUCUUAUUUGUGGACAUCAAAUGAGAAUAAAUACUGGCUAUACACGCGAUAUCAUUCGUUAUCCAGUCGUACAAAAGAUUAAGUCAACAUGUGUUGCUUAUUCUCCUAAACCAUUGGAUUUAUACCGUUUGCAAAUGGUAACAACUAAUGAAGUUUGGGAUAUUAUUGGCACCAGUGCAGCCAUAAUUCAAGCUGGAACAGCAAUUACAAAAGCAAUUGAUUCAUCCACUAUUUCGGAACAAUACUCCGUCAGCAUGGAUAAAGAUAUUACAGUUCAUAAAGAACAAAUAAAAUCGAUUGCAAUUCAACAACAAGUUCAAGUUGAUUUUCAACAACAAUAUUCAGGACACUUAUCAAUGAUAUUAAAAGGUUUAAAACCAAAUGUACAAGAAGCAAAAUUAAAAAUUAGUUCAUACGCUCUAGAUAUCUUGAAAAUGCAAGUCGAUAACAAUCAUAUAAUACGUAUACCUAAAAAAUGGGGUGAUCAAACAGAAGGAUGCAAAUUAGUUGAAAUUGUCCGAAAUGACCCUGACUUUGCUCGUAUUGAAAAUCGUAUGAAAGAAACUAUGACAAGUAUGAAAAUCGUUAAAAUAGAACGAGUACAAAAUGUACGCAUGUGGAGGCAUUAUGCUUUUCGUCAUCUCGAGCUUAAAAAGGAACUAAGUAAUAUGCCUAAUUUACAAAUUGAAAUGGAACUCUUUCAUGGAACGAGAAUGACAAUGCCUAGUGAAAUUUAUCAUGGUGAAUACGGUUUCGAUAUGACAUAUAGUACAAGUGGUUUGUGGGGUAUCGGUACAUAUUUUGCUAAAAAUGCUUCGUACUCGUGUGAAAACUAUGCUCAUCAAUUAUCUAAUGGCAAACGUCAAGUAUUUUUAGCUCAAGUGUUGACAGGAGCCGUAUAUGAUUGUAAGAGUGAUCAAAAUUUACGUCGACCUCCAAAAAAAAAUGAGACAAAAUCUGGUCUACGAUAUAACAGUGUAUCUGGUGAUACAGGUGGCAGUAAAGUUUACAUCGUAUACGAAAAUCGAGUGGCUUAUCCUACUUAUUUGAUUACAUUUAUCUCUUAG